AAUAGGCUCUAUUAUGUUAAUUCCAUUUGAGGAUGAGGUUAUAUCUGUGGCUAACAUUCAAGCACAACCUCCGGGACAAGUAUUUAAUGUUGAGGCUGAAUUGUCCCUUGCAAGUAAGGAUCAACGCUUUAGUGUGUUGGCAUGCUCAAAUUGUAAGCAAUUGUUCACGAGAUAUAACGUGCGAAGGGAAAUCUACGGCACAAGUUGUCACCAAUCCACACAUCUUAUUCCUAGAUGUCAAUUUGAAGUUACUAUUAAGGAUAACAACGGUUUUGCAACAGCUAUUGUUUCGGAUGAAAUUUCAGAGAAAAUGUUGCACCUCACUUCAGAAGAAAUUUAUGAAAUUUGCUUCGUGAAGUUGGAACACUUUUGUUGUGGUUCUCGAAACGAUCAUUUUUUGCACUCUUUUGAUGCUGCCACUGAAUGCCGUGCUUUGCAAGCUUCUGAUGUUGCUAUGUGGAUGCCUUGUGUUCCUGUUCUUUUGUGGAAAUUGAAAAUAUUUUCUCCUGUAAUAGCAGUGGCUAGCUCAGAACUGCGCCUUUCUCAGCCUCAUGCAAUCAGUGUGAUUUUGAUCAAAGAUGGUCCAGAAGAUCCAAGCAUGAAAGAUGCAUCUAUUUUUGUCUAA